AUGGCAGCCACAUUUCGCACGCGGCCACGGCUGCUGCCCUCCCCACGGCAGGUGGUCGCCCCGUCGUUCCUCUCCGGGCCGCGAGUUUUCCGGGCGAAUCCCGAGCAGACCCGAGGGAAGUCCUUCAAGGUCGACGCAUCGUACAGGCAAAGCUUGGGCUCUGCAAUGAAGCAGAUCAGCCAGCAACAAGCAACCUCAACCAUACUGAAGCAGAUGCACGCCGCGGACAAGAAGCAGGACAUCGGUUCUAUGGCCCUGCUCGCUCCACGAACAAUUGUGCCCCUGCCCCUCUCUAAACGACCUCGCGCGCUCAAGCAGUUCUUGAACUACCAUUGGGAGUUGCUCAAGCAGCGCUUUGUCGACCGGCUGCAGCGGCUCUCGUACUCGUGGGCCACCAAGCCCGCAUGGAACAAGAAGGCGCGCCUCCGCUCCACGAACAGCGAAAUAAUUUCCGCGGCGCGCAGCCUGCACGCGUCCAUGUCAUCCUGUCUAGCCAAGGGCGGCCCGGAGGAGAAGGCACAGCUCGCACAGAUCUGCGUCCCCAAGCUGUACCGGUCGCUGCUGAGCGCCAUCGAGAGUCGGCCCAGGGGCAAGCGCUACGAGUGGGAGCGCGUUGCCGAGACGGGCCGGCCGUGGUGGCCCCGGGUCGUCGACAACAAGUGGAACGAGACGGACGUCGGCAUGAAGUUGACGUUCCGCCAGGCCGUCGUGGGCAUCAAGAGCAAGCAGCGCCUGAGCGAGCUCAACGCGAGGGGCGAGAGGGUCUCGCAGAAGGAGAUGGAGCUGCUCGAGUACAUCGUGCUGUGGCGUCAGGUUGACCCCGUGAACAUGACGCAGUCUGAUUGGCAAAUCUAUGGAACCCUGAAGGAGACGACAUACGAGGAUAUUAUGGAGGAGUUGGACGAGAUGAACAUGGCCCAGAAGAAUUUGGCCCAGAAGAAGCUGGACACCGAACGGAGGGCUCUCGGUACUCGCAAAUAG